CUUCCUGAUCUCAUUGCCUUUAAAAGGGUGUCGUCGACCGUGUUCAACGUGUCCUUUGUGUCCCUGAAAAAACAGGCUGUAUAGCUGUCCUGUCCAUGCUUGUCUAUCCCACGAUGUCCACCGCCGUGCCUACCGCCAAGCUGUCCAGCGAUGAUGUCGCCGUUCGUCCCAUCGACUUCACUGUCCCAAGGCGAUGGCAGUAACGGUGCGCCCCAUUGGCCGACGACGACAUCAUCCCCUUCUAACGACGGCAGAAACGGAGCGCGACAUUGGUCGAUCGAGGAUAUUAUCGAUGACCAUAACUUGGCGACGACCCUGCCAGACAGACAAAAUGGCCGUUGUUCCUGUCGUCUUUUCCUCUCCUUUCCUCGGACGGACGACAAUAUGGACACCGCGGCUGCCCCUUCCACGCCCAAGAAGCUCCUUCGCUCCGGCGGGAGCCUCCGCUCCUUAAGGAGCAAGUUGAGUUUGUCCAGCCUGCGAGGCAGGCGGGCUUCGGCCCAAAAAAGACUCGUUGUCAGGGAGGAGUCGCCCCUGGCGAGACAUGGGCGGUCGUUUAGACCUUUGUCCAUUGUCACGACGGCAAUGCAGCCGUUUGACUUCGACGUGGCACGAGCCAUGCAAGUCGUGCAAGGUCAAUUGGCCGAAACCAACUUCACCGCCUCCGAGGCCAAUCUUCCUGGAACUUUGAGCGACGACGACGACUCAAAGACCAUUACUCCAGGUCAAACUCCAACAAUGUCGUCGCCACCAGAGCGCCAGGACAGUGCCGAAACAGCCGUAACGGCUGAUUUCAAUUCUUUGACUCUCCAACCUCCUCCAGACAUCAGCCAGCACCCUGCUUUCGCAGCUGAUCCAAGAACCUCUACCAGCAAUGCUCCUCUCAUGAUUACCACUUCCAGUGCGGCAGAGAUUCGUAAAUGGGCUCAAGAGAAGAGAAAGAACGAAGCUGAGCGCAACACCAAGGUGCGAUUCGAUGAGACACUCUCAAAUGCAGGUGGCAGGAACGCUUUCGCUGCAAGCACAAACAAUCUCCCUUCGAUGGACAAUCCAUUCAAUGCACGCCCAGUUCCAGCGGAAGCCGCGAUGACAGGAACUCCAUAUCGAUCUUUCCACGCUCCUGCAUUCUCUGGCUUCCGACACCGCGAAGGUUGGAUCAGUACCGAUACUGUGACUCCGUACACCAUGCGAACCAAUCCAUCUCGUCUGCAUGUCAAUACCGAGAACAAGACUGUUGCUGAAGCCUACGAAGCUCUCGGCGUAGGAUCCCCACCUGGUCCAGGACCAGCACUCAUUCCACCAAAGACUCCGGUCGACAGUAUUAAGUCAGCCAGCACUCCAAUUUCGGACGGCUUCGACUCAAAGAAAUCGGGCAUGCGCAAAGUCGCUGACCUGUUCAAACCAAAAUCAGACAAAGCUCAAGACACCUCACCUAUUCUGAGAACCCCAGACGGCGGUCCUCCACGCAUUUUUCAGCGUCCUGAUCUUGAGCGGUAUUUACGCACCACUCUCAACGUUCGCACCUACGACUAUUCUCCUGACCAGCCAUACCCACGUCACCCAAACACCGGUCGAGCCUGGCAUUCACGCAAUCUUCACUGCACUACGUGCAUGGACCAAUGCUGCGCCGUCUGCGGUCGUGCCUGUUGCGCUUACCAAGCGGCAUAUUUCGCCACCAAAAUCCACAAGGACAAUCCAGAGUCACUCUUUCGUGCACAAGAAACUCUUGGUAACAUUGCAAACGUCUUCGCACACGGACAAGAGGUGCCAACAUUCCUUCAAUGCACUCAUGGUGCCCCUGGUGACAAGCUUGGAUGUGGAAAGAUGAAAAUGCAAGAAGAGUCGUCACCCACGGUAUCAUCUCAUCAUGGCGUUAUUGAGCUCUAG